AUGAACGCGAUUUUCAACUUCCUGUCAUCACCGCUCAAGCAGCCCACAGAGAGACCUCCACCCUCCAGCAUGCCACUUACCGCCUCGCGACCGAGUUUGUCGCCUAGAGAGCAACGUCUUGCCAAACGCGCUGCGGAUAGGUUCUCGGAGCCGGCUGGUCGCAGUCCCCGGUCGCGUCUGAGUAACGUUUCUCUUGCAUCGACGGAUCACGAUAACGCCGCCGAGAUCUCUGUCGUCAGUCGACGAAGAGAGACCAUCGCCAUGGCCCCGCCGCUGAGUGUUAAGAAGAAGCGCAUCAGCACAUCGACGCGCUCGUCGCCGAUACACAAACCAUCAAAGUCUAACGGAUCUCGCGUCGCAUCGUCGCCUGCCGUCCGAUCUUCCCCCAGAGGGCGGGAAUCGGCUGAAGGAUCCCCGGCCUCGAUCCCCAAGAGAGUUCCGCAUAUCGCGUCAUCACCCGCUGUUCGAUCCUCUCCUAGAACGCGAGAAUCGGUCGGAGGACCGCCGGCCAUCGCCUCGUCACCAGCCCCAGUUCCCAAGAGAGUCUCCCGCGUCGCAUCUUCGCCCGCCGUCCGACCCUCCCCUAGAACGCGAGAGUCGGCCGAGCUUGGAACGCCGGCCUCAAUCCCUGCUCCUCGAAGCAGCGAGACCAAGAGUCCUAGAAAAUCUUCCAGGGCGUCGCGCGCAAGGGGACCGCAAACAAAUGGGGUAGAGAAGACGCUCGAGGAACAGCCCGAAGAGGCGCAUUUUGAAGAAGAGGUGGAAGACGAAAGGGAAUACGAGUUCGUGAGAAUUGCGGAUCAUCGCUGGGUUGAGAACGAGAAGGAGAAUAUGAUCGAGCUUCUCAUCCAGUGGAAAGAUGGCGAAAACUCUUGGGUCUCAGAGGAACUUCUUCACACCGACAACCGACAGGCUCUGUUUGCGUACUGGCGCUCGCAACCUGGCGGAAGACCUAAGAACCCUGAGGAUGACGAUGUGUACCAGGUUUUCGCGAUCAGGAAGCAUCGCGUUCGAAAUGGUGUGCCUCAGGUCCUGGUCGAGUGGCUAGGCUACGACACACCCGAAAACACCUGGGAGGACCAGGACUCUAUCGAGGAGGCUGCGCCCAAGCUCGUCGAGGCCUAUUUUGACCAAGUCAAGGGCAAGGAUAAGUAUCAGGCCAAGACUAAGAGUCAGACGAAGAGCAAAGCGAAGCCCAAGGCUCCAGCGAAAACAAAGGCGUCCGCGCCCGCGAAGACCAAGGCUAAGGCCAAGACUCCGGCUCGAGGCGUGACUAGAAGCAGCGCAAGGGUGUCGAAGCGAUAG